CCGUUCCGGACCCACCCACUCAAACCAAUCAGAGUGAAGCCGUGAGGGGCUCUGGUUGCCGAUCAUUGCUUAUGUACGUGCCCACGUUUGUUAAAAGGAUUGCACGGUGCCUCUCUUCAUUCCUCACCUUACAAGAUUCGGGAAGCUCCGCUUUCAUUUGUGUCCUUGUGUUCGCUCAAAGCCGAACUAGUACCGUGAGGACCAGAUCCUUUCCUGGCCAUACGAUCACCCGCUUUUACCAACGAAACCUUUAAUAAUUUACCAGGCUUCACCCAAUACUCUGUGACCCAGCAUGAAUAAUGUGUCGAAUGUCUGCCACGAUGAGCUUUUCGGGCCAGCCGUCGCCACGGAGUCUUGUCGAGGCGGGUUCGACUUCACAGUGCUAUUCGAAGAAAGCGUCCUGUCUAUCCCGCUGUCGGCUGGGUUUCUCCUGAUUACCCCUAUUCAGGUGGCCCGUAUCUUCAAAGCCGUUUCGGCUGUGAGGCCAUCACUACUUCUAUCGAUGUUCAAACUCGUAUCGACUCUCGUUUAUGCCGGACUUAAUUUAGCCUUGCUGAUCUUAUGGGCUUCGGGACAUGGAUUCACCACUCGCGCAACCCUGGCCUCAUCCGUGUUAAGUCUCUGCGCCGCUCUCGCCCUCGCUGUCCUGUCCCAAGUUCAACAUGGCAAAAGCCCACGGCCAUCUUUCAUAAUCACUGGUUAUCUCAUAAUUUCACUACCCCUGAACGGCGCGCGUGUCCGAACCGCCUGGCUCAUGGCAUCGGACAAACAUCUCAUGCCAGCUAUUCUCACCGCUGCUCUAGCCGUCCAGGUUCUGAUUCUCGUCCUAGAGACCAAGAACAAAAGGAAAAUCCUGGCUGGUGCGUAUCGUAGCCUCUCACGCGAGGCAACAAGUGGCCUCCUCAGUCGUGGGCUUUUUUGGUGGUUGAGACACUUGCUUUCUGAUGGAUCCCGGCGCAUCUUGGCCGUUGAAGAUCUCGAGUCCAUCAAUGAAAAGCUUAGAUCUUCCAAGCUUUCGAGUGAGCUACAGGUUCGAUGGAUGAAUAAAAGUGAGAACUAUUUAAGCCCUCUUGCACCGAAAUUGUCGUCUAGUACUCUGACCUUGCCUCACGCGUCAGAGAAAGUAGACCACAAUCGGCACAAGCACGCCUUAGCUCUGGCUACGCUUUCGGCCUGGCGUUUGGAACUUGCCAAGAUUGCGCUUCCUCGUCUUUGUCUGGUUGCACUUAGCCUUGCACAGCCUUUCCUCAUCCACCAGAUCGUAGAGACUAUAUCGGCUCCUGUCAGUCAGCAAACUUGGAACCAAGGAUAUGGCCUGAUCGGUGCUGUGGCUUUAGUCUAUACAGGGAUACCCAUUGCGACAGGCUUUUAUCAGCACCUUUCCUUUCGACUCAUGGCUAUGGUCAGGGGCGGCCUCAUUUCCCUGAUCUAUGAGAAGAUUGUGCAAUCGCCGUCGACGCAAGUCGGUGACUCUGCUGCGAUGACCUUGAUUGGUACAGACGUCGAACGAAUCUGCGAGACGUGGCAUCUUGUGGUCGCCGAAAGCUGGGCGAGUGUCAUCCAGCUUGCUUUUGCUGUGUGGCUCUUACAGAUGCAAAUCGGUCCCGUUUGUGUCACUCCAGUCAUUGUUGCUUUGGUGGCGACCGCCCUGUCAGUCAAAGCGGCUGGGUUUGUGAAUCCCCGCCAGAAGGUCUGGCUCGAGGCAAUUCAAGCGAGGAUUAACUUUACCGCACAUGCCCUAGGCUCGAUGAGAAGUGUCAAGAUGUUGGGCCUUAGCAGAAAAUUUGAAUCUCUCAUACAGGGUAUGCGUGUUACUGAACUGGACCUCUCCAAGAGGUUCAGGCGCUUGUCCAGCUUCAAUAUCUGCCUUGUAAACCUACCGUCGCUGUUCUCCCAGUUCUUCACAUUUACGACCUUUGCAAUCGCCGCCAGAGUUCAGGGUAACGGCUUCGUGACGGUGUCGCAGGCAGUCACAUCCCUGUCCAUUCUCUCCAUCCUCAUGGCGCCUCUAGGCACGGUGUUGAUGGUGAUUCCUCAGGCAUAUGCUGCCUUGGGUUGCUUUCAGAGAAUCCAGGACUUUCUUGAUAGCGAGUCCUGGGACGACAAACGACUGCCUGAAUGCCCGCUGGAAACAACGAAUCUGGAGAGCCACGAUAGGUCGGACACGAUUCAGAUGCCCUCGGGCUAUAACCAUGUGGAAAUGAUUCAACGUCCACAAUCAACACCAAAAGAGCCUCUUCCUCGUACCAUCCUUAUCUCCGACCAUGUGAUCAUCCAUAAUGCUACCAUUGGCUGGGGAGGCUCCAGCCAUGUAAUCAAAGACCUAUCACUGCGCAUUGGCCAAAACCAUCAUCUCACAGUCAUUUUGGGACCAGUCGGCUGCGGCAAGUCUACAAUUCUAAAGGCCAUUCUCGGUGAAGCCACCAUAUUCAGCGGCUCCGUCUGGAUCAGUAGCAAGGAGCUAGCCUAUUGCGAUCAAAGCCCGUGGGUUUCGAACGGCUCCGUCCGAGAAAACAUUGUCUCGGGAACUGACUUCGACGCUGCCUGGUACAAUACUGUCAUCCACGCUUGCGCUUUACAAGUGGAUCUGCUGCAGCUGUCCAACGGCGAUGCGACGAACGUCGGGAGCAAAGGGGUUUCGCUCAGCGGUGGGCAGAAGCAACGCCUGACGUUAGCUCGGGCACUUUAUGCGCGCAAGCCUAUCGCUGUCCUGGAUGAUGUACUGAGUGGCCUGGAUGCCGCCACCCACGACAUCGUCACCACGCGUGUCUUCGGACCCGAUGGACUGAUUCGGAAGCUGGGCAUGACAGCCAUCUUGGCCACGCAUUCUGUGAGCCUAUGCACCAUCGCAGACCAAACUAUCAUACUUGACGACCAAGGACAAAUCAUCCAGCAGGGCUCAUCUGAUAAUAUGGCGCCUCUUGCGCCACAGCUAGCCGGAGACGAUGGCUCUUCGGCGAGCUCAGGAGAUAGCCCACCUCCCAAAGUUUCAGCUGGUGAAACUCAGGGCUCAAGCACGAAACGAGAUGACGAGAGACAGGUGGGAGACUUGUCCAUCUAUCUAUACUACUUCUCGUCUUUGGGAUGGCUCAGCUUCGCCUUGUUCGGUAUCUUCGCAGCUUCAUACGUGGCAUUCAGCACCUUGCAAUAUGCAUGGAUCACACUGUUCGCCCAAAGCAGUGACGCUUCGCAACCAUCACGUCUUGGCUACUGGCUUGGGUUAUAUGCACUUUUUAGUGUUUUGAGUGCGGCAGGUCUUAUUUCUGCGGUCCACUACAUGUACGUGGUGAUCGUACCCAAAUCUGCACAGGCUCUCCACUUGACUGUGCUUCGGGCAGUUAUACGAGCUCCGAUGUCUUUUCUCGCCAAGACCGACAAUGGGGUGUUGGUUAACAGAUUCAGUCAAGACAUGCAAUUGGUUGACAUGACCCUACCUGGGGCACUCGUGAAUGCGAGCUUUCAGCUUGCGGCGUGUUUCGCAGUUGCAGCGUUGGCCAUUGUCGCUGUUUCCUACUUCGCAGCUGUACUGCCCUUCGUCGCCUGCGCUCUCUUCUUCCUCCAGCGCUUUUAUCUAAGAACAUCUCGGCAGCUUCGACUACUAGACCUGGAAGCGAAAGCACCUCUCUAUUCUCACGUUCUGGAGUCUCUCCAGGGCAUCGCCACUAUCCGAGCAUAUUGCUGGACGAGCAACCACGUCGCCAAGAAUCUCGCCCUCCUCGACAGGGCCCAGAAGCCUUAUUACUUGCUCCUCUGCAUUCAACGAUGGCUGACUCUUGUAUUGGGACUGACGGUCGCUGGGCUCGCGAUACUGCUCACCACCCUAGGCCUCACGCUCCGCAGCAGACUGGACGCCGGUUUCCUCGGCGUUGCCCUUGUCAGCAUGAUGAAUCUUGGCCAAUCCUUGGCUGCCCUUAUCACCUUUUGGACUUUGCUUGAGACGUCCUUGGGUGCCAUUUCGCGCGUGAAGACUUUCUCCGAGGAUACCCCGACCGAGAAACCUCGCGAGAUUAUGGAUACAAGAAUUCUCGCUGGCUGGCCGUCUCAAGGAUCGGUGGUGAUUGAGAAUUGGUCGGCUCACUAUAAUGGUCACCCCGUGCUUCGCAACAUCGAUAUUUCGAUUCAGGCCGGGGAGAAAGUUGCCAUAUGCGGCAGGACAGGAAGUGGCAAAACCUCACUUCUCUUAUCUCUGCUCGGCAUGGUCGAGGAGUCUACCGGGAGGAUUGUCUUAGACGAUGUCGAUCUUGCAUUAGUACCUAAAGAUGUCACCCGCCAGAAGCUCACAUGUCUCACACAAGACCCUUUCUUGUUUGGCGGGAGUGUCAGACUGAAUGCAGAUCCGUAUGGCGAGGCUACAGAUACUGAUAUCAUCUCUGCCCUGCAGAAGGUUGGGCUAUGGGAUGUCUUCCGAUCAAAGGAGAGCACAGAGACCUCUCACCCUCUAGAAUUCUCGACACUUGAUAUGAAGAUGGAAGAGGACUUCUUGUCCCAAGGGCAAAGAAAGCUUUUCUGUCUCGGCCGUGCGCUUUUGCGCAAGAACCCGGUCCUGGUUUUAGAUGAGCCGAGCAGCGGUGUUGACGCCAGCACCGAAUCUUACAUAGAAGCCAUCGUCGAGUCGGAGUUUGCGACUAGCACUGUCAUCAUGGCAACGCACAGUCUCGCUGGUGUCCGUAGAUUUGAUAAGGUUGUUGUUCUAGAUGGGGGCGUGUUACUUGAGUAUGGUGAGCCAGAGGAGCUAUUGGCAAGGGUUGAUGGGGCAUUCGCGAAGCUCUAUGCUGUGCAACGUGGAAGACCCGAGACUUCUUCUGCGUAAGCAGGGGUGAUAACAAUACCUACAGCACAGGCCAGGUUUCACUGUUAGUUCCAAACUUACUUGAUAUAAGUUUUCCAGUGGAAUAACCCUAUCAAAGGUACUAUCCCUACAUAAUAGCCAACAAUCAAUCCUGCUUUGUAGUGUGCCAUUUGUAAACCAGAAGACACAGUCUAGAAUUAUGAUAACUUGAGGUAAAUUCUCUACUGGAAAAACGAAGGUACAUGAGCACUUCCAAC